AGGCCAGAGGGAGAGGGGAGAGGGAAGAGCGCCGGGCCGGGUCGGGGAGGCGGGCGCCGCCGGAACGCGAAGCGCGGGACCCCUGCUGCGGGAGGGCGCGAGUUCGCGGUGCACCGCCCCCAGCGUGACCUGCUGGCCGCUUCCGGCGCGGAAGGACAAUGUGGCCGCCGUGCGGGGCGCUGCGGGUCCUGGCCUUGGCGCGGUCGCGGGGUGCCCGAGCCUGCAGCGUGGACGGGGGUGUUUCUUACACGCAGGGCCAGAGUCCCGAGCCCCGGACCCGCGAGUAUUUCUACUACGUGGACCACCAGGGCCAGCUUUUCCUGGAUGAUUCCAAAAUGAAGAAUUUCAUCACCUGCUUCAAAGACCCGCAGUUCCUGGUCACCUUCUUUUCCCGCCUGAGACCCAACCGCAGCGGGCGCUACGAGGCCUCCUUCCCCUUCCUCUCGCCCUGCGGCAGGGAGCGCAACUUCCUGCGCUGCGAGGACCGGCCGGUGGUCUUCACGCACCUGCUGACCGUGGGUCACGGGCCCCCGCGCCUCUCCUACUGCGGCGGAGGCGAGGCCCUGACUGUGCCCUUCGAGCCUGCGCGCCUGCUGCCCCUGGCCGCCAACGGGCGCCUGUACCACCCGGCACCGGAGCGAGCGGGCGGCGUGGGCCUGGUGCGCUCCACCCUGGCCUUCGAGCUCAGCGCCUGCUUCGAGUACGGGCCCGGCGCGCCCGCGCUGCCCUCGCACGUGCUCUGGCAGGGCCGCCGCCUCGCCCUCACCAUGGAUCUGGCCCCGCUGCUGCUCGCGGCUCGGCCGCCCUGAGCAGGGGCGGAAGAAGGACGGGAGGCCGCGGGCGCCCCUCACCCUACUCCCCCGGGAGCCCGCGCCCCGGAAAGCCGGCGCCACUGGCACUCGCGGCAGCCUAGUGCGCCUGCGUGCCGCGCCCACCCCCGCCCCGGCUCUGUCCUUGGUGCUGCCGCGGCCCGGCCGUCCCGGACCCUCUGCUCCCCACGGCGCGCGCCCCCCGCGCACCAAGCUCGGGCGCCCGCUGGAUUGGCUCACGCUAGAGACGUCAGGCCCUGGCGGCGGGCGCGGUUGGCGCGGGGCUCUGACACGCGUGCGCGAGCGUCCCCCGCCCCCUCCCAGCCCGGCUGCUGCUCCGGCCCGGCAGCCACCUGCACCGCGGGGGAGCCGCUCGGCGCGGGAGCGUCAGGAGGGUGCGCGUCCGCGGCUGGACCGCGGGGGGCCGGUGAGGAGCCGGGUCUCGGGAGAUGGCCCCAGGGGGACCCGCGUUGUUGCUGCUGCUGCUUCUGUUGUUGCCGCUGCCGCCGCUGCCCGGACUCCCCCCCCGCGCCGCCGGCUGCCCGGU